AACAGAACUGCGAGACUUCCUGAAUGAACUGCCAUGGUUUACACUGAGGAUAGAAAGCCACUGAAGGCUGCAGACUGGGUUAUCAUCGCAUUUUAUUUCCUUGCUUGCAUUCUAGUUGGGCUAUGGGUAUGUGUGUUGUUUCUUUAAUUUGUAAAGUCAGUGCAAAGCAAAUUUUCUCUGUAUUUUCAAGUUUUUGUUGUAGUGUAUGUGUUGAAUUUAGGUCUGAGGACCUAAGAAUCUUGGUUUUGAAACACUGAAGCGAAUAAACCAAAGAGUACACUUGCUGUAUUGCAGGGGCCAAGUGAUGUGAUUUGUUUGAGCGAUAGUUUGUCUUUGAAAUCUUUUAGUAAGAAUACUAUCGUUCAUUCUUUAUUGACGUUUGGUUGGAAUAUGAUAUUUGAUCGGUGUGAACAGCAGAAGAGUCAAUUUCUGGAAGAAAGCCAUAAUGAUUGACGAACACUAGUCAAACUAAAUACUCCAAAUAUCAGUCUAGAGCCUUUACUUUUCUAUAUUAGGGUGUCUUGAACAGUUGUUGCAAAACGAAUGCCUAGGAAGCCUAGCCAAAAGACCUCUCUUGCACAAAAUACGUAGCACAGCUUGCGUGGUGGAAAAAUGUUUGUUUAAGAAAAAGUCAAGAGUCUUACUCUCAAAAUACAGCUUGCCGCUUUUUUGCAGACUAAAUUUAGACAACAAAGAGGGAAAACUGAAACCGCUGAAUCUUUCUUCUUGGCUGGCAGAUCGAUGAUGUGGUGGGCGGUAAGUAGAGCCGGUGCGAUCAAAUUUACCCCUGAAAAAUACAAAAACACCCCUAGGAAAUACAGUACUGACCUGAUCAGCUGAAAGGGCACUAGUAAUGAUAGAGUUGGCACUGACUACAUCGAGUGUUUUAUCUUAGUUUGCAAUGGCUACACAUUUGGAAAGUUUUGAAAAAAUAACUUCUUACAUUUCCUUCUAAUACAGUAUGCUGACAAUGUUUUAAAAUCUACAAUGGUCAUUAAGUAUGCCAUUUUAACCAAAAUGCUUAGUUAAGUGGACAAUUUUUGGACAAAUAACCCAACAUUUUUUUGCACGUUUUCCUUUUUCUAUGGAUGUUUUAGUUUGCUUUGUAAAACGAAAUCCGUCUCUAAAUGAAUAAAACCAACAAAAAGAAAUUCAACUUUUUUAAAAGACUUAUAAGGGAUCUUCCCGUAACGUGGGUAGUUCAAACUCUAGUGAAUAUUAAAUCAGAAUGUUAACACUCAAUCCAGUUGAAACAUUACCCUGAUUGAAUUUUUCAAUAGGUUGGACCGAGUUUAUUUGUCAGUAACAUUGGUAGCGAGCACUUUAUUGGAUUGGCUGGAUCUGGCGCGGCAACAGGGAUUGGUGUAGCAUCAUAUGAGUGGCAGGCAAGUCACGUGACUUUACUCACGUGAUAUUUCAGAAGUAUUUUGACCGUACUUAAUAGUACCUAGAAUGUAUCCUGCUUGAUUAUUGUUUUUCAGGCGCCCUGGAUCCUACUGCUGUUGGGCUGGGUCUUUGUUCCAAUUUACCUCAAAUCAAGGGUGAGUUAACAAGCUCUUUGAAAAUGCUUCCGAAAAACGUGAUAUAAACAUAAAAGGAGUUACUUUAAUUGGCUUGCAUCUGGUGAAUUUUCCUGCCAGCGAAUUACAAGGGAAAAGAGACCUCUACUAGCAGGGAACUGGUGAAUGGCAGAAAAACAUCUUCUGUUCAUGUUAUCAACUUCUCUCCACUACGUCUUAAGGACAUGAAUAGGGGCAAGAAAGAAGAAUUCAAAUUUUGAUUUGAGGGUUUAAAGGGUUAAAGAGGUGGGGUCAAAUCAAAGGAACCUAUUUUCCCUGGGCAUGAGUGUUGACGAAUGUCAGACUAGGUAACUUGCUUCCUAGCUAAAUAGUGUUAUAAAUGUUCGUAUUAAUUUUCUUCUCUUGUUAUUAUUUCUAUUAGAUUUACACGACACCAGAAUACUUGCUAAAACGAUUUCAUAGCACCAAGAUAAGGACUUGUUUGACGGCUGUGGCGCUCAUAUCGUAUGUACUCACAAAGAUAUCAGUAAGUAACGAACUAAGGAAAUACUUGAAAAUAAAUUAAAGUACUGGAGAGGGAACAUUACCAAGAACGUUGAGGGAGCUAUGUUUGAUCUUUACUCAGAUAGAUAGACAGACGCCUUUAUUUAAAAUAAAAAAGUAGCUACUCAUUUUAGUCCAUUCAGGGAGCUUACAAAGCCUCCCUGGUAUCAAUAUGAGCCUUUGAAUGGUUGAGUAGCUUUUCAUGCCCACGCGAAAAGUAUUGUAUUAAACGGGUCGAAGUUCUGCCACGCCGAUCUCUAAAGUAGAGAUUCACAUGUCGAAUAGGUGUUCAUACUGCACCGGAUAACUCUUUGUGUCGGCACCAAAAGCUCAGAUCCGGUAUAGUGUGAAAAUAAGGCUCCUUAGAGUAGAGGAGCAAGUCAUAAAUCUCGCUUCCGUUCUGGCAGGUUGAUAUCUACGCGGGCAGUGUGUUUCUGUAUGAAGCUGUUGGUUGGAAUAUUUAUGUGUCAGCAGCUGUGAUUUUAGCCAUCACUGCUGUCUACACUGUUCUUGGUAAGUUUCAUCGAACAUCAUUGAUACAUUUAUACAUUUGUACAUUUCUAGUUCAUUUGUACUUCAUCUCUUUAUCAUCUGUACUUCAUCUACACAUUGGCUACACUUGAUUCGUACGUCAUUUGUACUUCAUUUGUACGUCAUUUGUACUUUAUUUGUACUUCAUUUGUACGUCAUUUGUACUUCAUUUGUACGUCAUUUGUACUUUAUUUGUACUUCACUUGUACGUCAUUUGUACUUCAUUUGUACUUCAUUUGUACGUCAUUUGUACUUUAUUUGUACUUCACUUGUACGUCAUUUUUUACUUUAUUUGUACUUCACUUGUACAUCAUUUGUACUUCAUUUGUACGUCAUUUGUACUUUAUUUGUACUUCACUUGUACGUCUUUUGUACUUCAUUUGUACUUCACGUGUACGUCAUUUGUACUUUAUCUGUACGUAAUUUGUACUUCAUUUGUACGUCAUUUGUACGUCAUUUGUACUUCAUUUGUACUUCAUUUGUACUUCAUUUGUACGUCAUUUGUACUUCAUUUGUACUUCAUUUGUACUUCAUUUGUACGUCAUUUGUACUUCAUUUGUACUUUAUUUGUACUUCAUUUGUACUUUAUUUGUACUUCAUUUGUACUUUAUUUGUACUUCAUUUGUACGUCUUUUGUACUUCAUUUGUACGUCAUUUGUACUUCAUUUGUACGUCAUUUGUACUUUAUCUGUACGUCAUUUGUACUUCAUUUGUACUUCAUUUGUACGUCAUUUGUACUUCAUUUGUACGUCAUUUGUACUUCAUUUGUACGUCAUUUGUACGUCAUUUGUACGUCAUUUGUACUUCAUUUGUACUUCAUUUGUACGUCAUUUGUACUUCAUUUGUACGUCAUUUGUACGUCAUUCGUGCUUCAUCUAAUUGUCAUUUGUACUUUCCCUAUACUUCAUCUGUUCUUUAUCGUCGAGUGAUUCAUUUGUACUUCAUUUGUACUUCACAAAUGCAGUCGAACCCUGCUUUACGGACACCCGCUUAUUACUGAGAGUUUUCCCUAUCAAAGGGGAAAGUAAGCCCUUGAAGUUUCGGGCCCCUUUUAGGGUAAAAUUCUGACAAGCGAGAUGGCCUUGAAACAGCAAAAUGGCAACAAAGGAUAUUAAGAAGGGUUAAAUACCGGCACCGCCUACUUCUUAAAACUUCCCAAGCUUGUAAAUAACGCAAGCACUUUUUUGUAGGUGGUCUGACGGCUGUUUUCUUCACUGAUGUAUUGCAGUGCACUAUUAUGGUUAUUGGUGGCAUCGUUGUAGCCAUAAUGAGUAAGUAGGGCACCCACAGUGUUUGUACGAAUUCUAUUUGAUUUUAAUACUUCUUCUCCGUAUAAAAAUGAUUUGCAAGCUUUCUUAUUCUCUCAAGGGGGUAUUUUUAGCGAGUCUUGGUUGGAUAAAAACAAGACAAUUAUGUCCUAAAAAAGACAUGGUAAACGGAACGUUUUUAGCUAAACUAGCUAUUACGAAGUCUUCUUUGAGUUGUUGACGUAAAUAAGGUUGCCGGAUGUUAAUCCGAACAAUCAUUACAAAGGUGAUUAAGUAAUUUAUUUCUACCUUGAGGUUUUGCAAAAGUUGGAGGAUUGGAUGGUCUGUGGAGUAAAUUCGGCUCCUCGAUGGGUAAGCCCCUGUGGUCAACAGCCUCUUCGACAAACAUCCCUACAACUGGGACCUCUGUGGUAAAUUCUAAUCUCAACUCAACAGCGGCAACAACAGUAGCAAAUACUCUGGGCAAGAGCAACGACACAAUUGAUAGUUGCUACAAACUAACACCCUACUGGGGUGAUCUGUGGAGGCCGGUUGAUGAUCCAGACUACCCCUGGUUAGGAUUGUGGACGUCUUUAUUCAUUACUGCUGUUUGGUACUUCUGUACAGAUCAGGUAACUCCGGCUCGAUGUUAUAAUGAUACCUUAAUAGAGCAACUUUAAAAGCCAAUAGGCUUCCUUUUAGGUUACGAUAGCCUGGGGAAGAAAUUACCCAGUCCCUAGGCCUCAUUAUUCCGCGGGGCCUAUGCGUUUGGGAUCACGUGGUCCGAGCGUUCGUCUCGGAUACGUCACGAUAAUGCGUUGAACGAGAAGGCCUGGGAAGACGCCGUACAGAGACUAGGUAAUUGAAGAAAGACAGCGAAGAAAGAGGUUUUGUCGCCAUCGAACCUUCUAAAUUUUAGUUUUGGGGCACGACUUCUUUACUAAGCAUGCCUGUCAUCUGCAAAUUCAGGUCCUUGUUCAACGAGCCUUGGGCGCCAAGAACCACAUCCAAGCCAGAGCUGGUACCAUUUUUGCAGGGUUUUUGAAAAUUCUUCCCAUGUUUGUGAUGGUAAUGCCAGGAAUGAUCAGUCGAGUGUUGUUUCCUGACAGCAUCGCUUGUCACGACCCUAAGAGCUGUGAAAUAGCCUGUGAUAACAGAUGGGGCUGUACCAACAAUGCAUAUCCUAAGUAAGUUGAGCAGUCAAUAGUUUUUUCUAAAGGUAAUAACAGCAAUAAAAAUAUGUUAAGCAAUACUUGUCAAGAAAAAUUCCCGUCCCCAUGAGCUGCAAACUCGCUCUUGAUAGCAGUUGGGGAUGAAGGAGAUAAGAAACAUUCUAAACAUGUUGUAUGUUGGGUAACUCUGCUUGCUAAAAAUGUGGACAACAUUGCGUGUCGGGACAAUAGAGGGGAAGGCUACUUGGAAUAGCUAAGAGCAUGGCAUUAAAUAUACCGGGGGAACUUGACCCAUCAGUUUGGGUGUACGGUUGCCGCGCUGAGAGUUUCAAACCUGAGCCUGUUUAGGAGACGAGAAAAGCACCUAAAAUAUCCGCCUCAUAUUAGACAAUAACCUCUGUUUUAGAACCCUGUUAACGACAGUAGACAAAAUACACGCCCUUCUGUUUCUUUAGGAAAGGUUAGACGCGUUUGAGACAGGAGGGUCAAAUUUAUAGCAUACCCUCUCCAGUAGCACGUCUCAUAUAAUAAGAAGGUGCCUAGCUAUGACUUUUUACGAGUGGAUUGGAGUGGGUUCAAACACUGAUAUGGUUUUUGCCGGGUAGGUUGGUGUUGAACAUUCUUCCCACUGGAAUGGUUGGACUGAUGUUAGCAGUAAUGAUGGCUGCCGUCAUGUCAUCCCUUUCCUCAGCAUUUAACAGCAGCGCCACCAUCUUCACUGUUGAUGUAUGGCUAAGGCUCAGACCACAGGUAGUUAACCACCCCAGAAACUAUAAGGGGGAUUGGUAGAAGUUUUCAGCGCAACGAUUUCUGGGAUAAACUGGUUGGAAAAUCGUUUGAUAUGAUUGGUCGACGGUAUUCAAGGCAACCGUCAACCAAUCAUAACUAACGCCUGUCCACUCAAAUGAUCCCAGAAAUCGUUGCGCUGAAAGCUUGUACCCAUUCCCCUUAUAGUUUCUGGAGGGGGGAACAUACAGAUCUUUUUAUUGUGUUAAAAGGCCAACUAAAUGUUCCCUUUCAUCCAGACUUCUCUCUCGCUUUCGCAAAGGAUUGUGGGACGGGGAAAGCGGGACGUCUCUUUACUCGCCUUUUUUUUCCGAUGUCUCUCGCUUUGCUUGUUUCCCGUCUUCGCCUCGUCUGGUGCGAGUCUCGAAGCGCCCGUGAAGGAAGAUGCGCUAAAGAUACACUGUGAACAUUAGAGGAAAACAGUAAAAAUGAAAACAACAAAAAAAGGAAUUUCAAAAUAGUCUAUAUCUUGCUAUUUGAGAUCUCUGAUGAUUAAUUGAAAUCUCAUCAUCUUCGUGUCCAAAGUGGCUCAUUAUUGGUAGCCUGGGAGCAAGCUCUUCGGGGCGCUCUGACAAGGGGGGCGGGAAAAGGAAGGAGAGAUUGCAACUACGUCUCUGGAAUUUGAAUUCCACCUCCAAUUCCCUGUGGCUACCCGUCGACUAAGCUGUCAGAUUUCAGCGCGAAUGUAAACAAACAUUGAAAAGCACGUGCCAAGGGUAAUGACGUCAUUGCUAAUGUCAUCUCCGCCAAUCAGGAUUUCGCGUCGACUUUUUCUUCGCAGAUAUUCAAAUUUCAGAGAUGUAGUUGCAAGCUCUCCUUCAUUUUCCCGCCUCGCCGCCAGAUCGCCCCGGAGAGCUUUCUAGCAGGCUACAUUAUUGGUUCGUUACUUCUUAAAUGUCUUAGGUACGUCUGCAGGCCACCGAUCUCGUGACAUUGACAUUGAAUGUAAAUAGAGGAGUACCAAUCCACUUGGAACAAUCCGACAACUGAGAUAUCCACGUUGUUUAUUCUUGCACUGGGCUCACUCUUUCAUGAUACUCAAUCAUUCUUUUCCCAAAUAGGCCAGGGAUAGAGAAAAGAUUAUAGUGGGUCGAGUGGUCGUGGCUGCUCUUGUUGGCGUCAGUUUGUGCUGGUUACCGAUUGUCAAAGGUGAGUUUGUGUAUAUAUUACUCUACCCUGGCCAGGCUAGUUAUGUCCCCAGAAAUCUCUCUCUUUCCAGCUGAUGACUUGCACAUAAACAGACCAAAAAGACACGACUACUGUGACAAGUGAUUGUUUGAAAUAAGCGAACUUUGUUUAAACUUGUCCUCGUACGCCAUCUUAUUUUCGGAGGAUCGUAACAAGAAUUUUCUUGAUCGGCAGUAGUCUACAAAAUAGAUGUCUUCCUUUUCUUUUCCCGUCAUUUGUUGCAGUUGUUGUUUGUUUGUUUGUUUUUCGCAGAAACGGAAACUUUUAUCUUUUGACAGGGGCCCUGGUUCGAGUAUAACAGAGUAGUCAUGAAAAAAAGUUUGCCCACCGUAUUUAAUCUUGUCUAACAGGUUUUGCUGGAAACCAGCUGUUUGUAUAUCUCCAGAAUAUCCAAUCAUAUUUUGCGCCCGCGAUCAGUUCCAUGUUCCUAUUGGGAAUACUCUGGACUGGACUCACGGAAAAUGCAGCUUUCACUGGACUCCUGGUUGGGUUUGCCAUGGGACUUAUAAAGUUCAUUGUUGAAAAUGUAUACGCACCGCCCGACUGUGGCGAGGAGGACACCCGCCCGCAAUUUGCUAAGCUACAUUUUAUGUAUUACUGUAAGUAGCUUAUGUUUGCAGUCAAAUGAUAAAAAUAGGCAAGGCAUUAUAUCAUUCAGAUACUGCAUGGAUGUGGAAAAAAUGACGUGUAGAUACGAAGGACAAUGAAUGCAAAUUAUUCCGUACCUCCAAAACAAACAAACAAACGCCCAGAAGCACGCAUGGUAACUUUUUUAGGCUCUACAUCGUCACGCGGGCCUCCAACAUCGCGGUGAAGCAUGACAUGAUGACGCGACUAACGUUUGCCUGGAUACUAGAAUUUUGCUGGUCGGAAUAAAUUCCCAUAUAAAAUGCAAAUGAAACUCAUGAAGGACUGAGGACAUUCCAUCCCUAGGAAGAUAGCAUUUGUCCAUCACAAUUGCCCUCCCCUUCAAUCCCCGCAAAAUUUAAUGCUGAUCAUUUCCGCCUUAAAGACCUACAACGAAGAGGUGUCUUUAUGGGCUACACAUAAGAGCGCCCAGCAAUAGCCACCGGGAUAGCUCGGUUGGUAGAGCGUUUGUCGUUAUAGGCUCGAUUCUCGGCCCUUUAUUCAGGGUGUCACAAUAACGGAGUACAAAUCCAGAAGGGGAUGUAAACUAGUGUCCUUCAUUCCCCCACUACAUAAACUACAGGGACAUUAGGGACAUGUUUCGGCGCAAGGAUUUCUGGGAUCACUUAAUGUACAAGAGUUAGUUGUGAGCCUUCGGAUACCAUAAACCAACCAUAACUAACGUGUAUUCUUACAAUCGAUCCUAGAAGACACGACAUGUUGGGAGUGCGGAGCUGUUUUAACCUAAGUAGGAGUGAUGUUUUUAUACCUUUCCUUACAGCGAAUAUCCUGUUUGCCAUAAGUGUGUUCACAAUGGUUGUGGUAAGUUUAUUUACAAAGAGGAUUCCUCGAGAUGAGCUUGGCGGACUGACUUGGCCCACAAUCAAUGAACCUCCUUUAGCGCACGGAGCCAUCGGAGAGGACGUGGAAGCAUUGGAAAAAUUGUCGACCAUGCAAAUGGAGGGUACGUUAAUUUAUUUCCUUUAUUUUGCAGAGACGUUGAAUGUGACAAUCAGCGGGCCGUAAAAUGGUCUUGCUAUCAUGGCAGUUGAGCGAGGGUGAAAGAAAUGGUGAUACCUAUUUUUCUCUUUUUCAGUUUAAGGCCCCAAUUUUUCCAUUCGUGAAGAAGACCAAAUUGGAUACUGUUAAACCUAGAUAAUGGUUACGUUUGCGUCGGUAAAGAUGUUUCUGAUCUCUGUUACUCAUAGUAAAAGAAAAAGAAGAAAUAGAUAGCAAGAUAAGUUGGUUUUAUAUCGGUUUGUUGAACUCGCUGUGGAGUAAUGAACGACAUGUUAUCCUCAUGCCCUGCAUAGAGAACAUUGGCGUUGUGACGGCACUAACAGUUGGUUUGCGCACACGUAGACCCUGUCACUUCUACUGAAAAGCAGCCAUUCUCGACUCAAUAGAGAAGAACUUUGGUGUCGAGAAUGAAGUGGACUCUCUCUUAACGGACACCUCCCUAAAACGGACACCUAGAGUUGGUCCCUGCCUUUGUUUACUCCCUUUAUUUGACUUAUAAGACGGACAUCUCUCUAAGACGGACACUUACUGCCGGUCCCAAAGGUGUCCGUCUUAGAGGGAGUUGACUGUAUUUGGAAGAGUUCUAAUAAAUGGAAGAUGAGCUUGGAGUUUUUCCAAUUCUUAAAUUGAAAACAAACAUUUCCAUAGUAAAGACUGAAAAAAAACAAACAAACAAACAAACAAACAAAACAAAGACGAUGGCGGAGUCGUUCACAUCCUCAUUCAUGCUUUUCUCUAUCAUUUACAGACAAAAGUGAAUCCUUUGUGAACGACAGCCCAUCUGCUUCCAUGACAUUUAAGCCUGAAGUGAAGGUAGAGAAGAUCAAACUUCCGGUUGUGGAGUUCCCAGAAGAGGAACCCUGGCUGAAGUGGCUGUUACGAAUCUCCACUAUUGCGUUACUUGUCACGCUGAUAGGUUUAUGGAUACGUUUUGCAUAGAAAAGGACCGGGUCAUUGCGUUACAGAUCACCAUGAUAUAUAGGUUUAUGAAUACCCUUUGCUUUGGACCGCGCCAUUGCGUUACUGGUCACGGUGAUUAGAAAAGGACAGUUUUGGAUAAUUGUUUUCUCGGUUUGCUUUUCGAGAGUUCUCCCUCUUGUUAUAUUCACUGAAGUUUUUCGGUCUCGCAUCUAGUCCAAAGUAGCCGCCCUGAGACGUAGAAAAGGCAAAAUUCUCACACUUAUAAGUUUUUUAUAC